UGGAAUAGCGGAGGGUAGAACGCGGUUUCAGACCUCUCCGCCAACAGGACCGAGACUGCUGACUGUUCGGACAACGAUAAAAGAGCAGACACGUGAAUAAACAGAAGUAAAUUACUUCGAUUGUAUUCUGUAUUAACGGGAGAGGACAAUCGCCUAACUUCAGAGGGGAGGAUCAUUGCUCAUCAAUCCUAAACCAGCGUGGCAUCCACUUCUUUCUCAAUGUCUGUGAAUAUGUGGUUAGAACGAAAACAACGCAAGGAUAGCUUGGCGGAUGCUGCUUAGUUUGUUAAACAUUUCUAAACUAUGAUCGGUCAGUGGGCAUAAACCCCAAUCACGUUUCUCUGAAGUCGACGCAAAUAGCUUGAUGAUAUUAUUUUCAGAAUACAUACUUUUAGUGUUAAAUCAUCGUGUUUUAUUCUGUGUUGCAUAGGACAAUAUUUGAAUGAGUGCAGAAUUCAAUAUUUUUGUUUCAAAGUGGAAUUCCAGGCAAAGACGGGAGUAUGAGGAUGGAUUUUUAACUAUUGUUAAGCAUACUAUCGGAGUCCUCGGCGUUGGACAUGAACCUGUGGUGUGAAAAUUGUGUCGACACUAAAACCACGUUGGAUUUUUGACCGGGCAGUGCAGGAAAUUACUCUACUGAUUCAACAGUGAACGACAUCAGGGAUUCCUUUCCCUAGCUCGGAGUACGCAUGGGAAUUAUCAUGUUUUUACUUCAUACUUUCACUGUUCUGUUUGUACUGGAUGAACUUGUACAUUCCGUGGCAAGCUCCUCCGCCUUGUCGGGGCUGGGGACUCACGACUGGCGGGCCCCUGUGGACUGUGUGCGGGCCAGCGAGAUGUGCAACCAGAACUCCCAGUGCAGCUCGCGCUACCGCAUCAUGCGCCAGUGCCUGGUGGGCAAGGACCGGACCACCAUGCUGGCCAACCGCGAGUGCCAGGCCGCUCUGGAGGUGCUGCAGGACAAUCCGCUGUACGACUGCCGCUGCAAGCGUGGCAUGAAGAAGGAGCUGCAGUGCCUACAGAACUACUGGAGCAUCCACAUGGGCCUGACAGAAGAUGAGGAAGUUUACGAGACAUCCCCAUAUGAGCCACUACUCCCCUCAGAUGAAUUCAGGCUGGCCUCCAUCAUUUCAGCCAUAGACUCAGCCUCCACCAAGGGCAACCUUUGUUCAGACACGGGCAGCCCCUGCAACCCCUGCCUGGACGCGGCCAAGGCCUGCAACCUGAACGACACCUGCAAGCGUCAGCGCUCCAUGUACAUCACGGCCUGCCACAACAAAGGCUCGCCCCUGCAGCAGCUGCAGGAGCCCUGCAACCGCAAGCGCUGCCACAAGGCCCUGCGCCAGUUCUUUGAGCGCGUGCAGUCCGAGUUCAGCUACCCGCUGCUCUUCUGCGCCUGCCACGACACGGCGUGCGCCGAGCGCCGCCGGCAGACCAUCGUCCCGUCCUGCUCGUUCCUCGAGAAGACCCAGCCCAACUGUUUGGAGCUACGCCGGAACUGCCGCUUGGACCCGCUCUGCAGGUCUCGACUGGCUGACUUCCACAUGAACUGCCAGACCAUUCGCCACACAAAGACAACCUGUCCAAAUGAUAACUACUACGGCUGUCUCAUCUCUUACGUGGGACUUAUUGGGCUGGACAUCACGCCGAACUACCUGGACGCCAGUCACAGCAACUUCACCAUCUCGCUGUGGUGCACCUGUCGGGGCAGUGGGAACAAGGAGAACGAGUGCGAGGACUUCCUGCGGGACUUCCGAGAAAACACCUGCCUCAGAAAUGCCGUCCACGCUUUUGGUUAUGGCUCAGAAGCAGGCCACAUAUCCAUGCUCGAGUCCCAGCCCUCCUUGACGUCUCUGCCACCUGUGCGCACCAACCUUCAGCCAGCCAUCACCACCAAACCCUCCAUCCACUCCAAUGAUGUCAAGCCCAUGGACAAUGCCUGUGUCUACUCCACCUGUGCAAACCUGAAGGACAGUGGUAAAAAGUGCACCCCCUCAGAUGCGUAUGAAUGUGCAAAUGAGAACCUGCUGGACCCCAGCAUGCAGGGCUCAGUGGACUCCUUGGGCUCCCAUCAGCCCGCCGACGAGAGCGCCAGGCAGUCGUCUGCCGACCCCCGCCACCUGGUCACUCCUGCGGCCCUCCUGACAGGUGUCAUCCUCAGUCUGGCCCUGUAAACCUCCAGAGACACCUCUCCC